UGUCCUCGCUUUUGACGCUGAGGGUCGGGCCAUUGACUUUGACGUCUGGAUAGAUGACCUGCAGCUUUUCUUACAGUGCGACAGAGCAGACGGCCUCUCCCUCUUUGACCUCACUUCUGGUGCCUCUCCUGCCCCCGCUGCUGAUGCUGACGCCACUGUUCGCUCACAGUGGGCCACGCGCGAUGCUGCUGCACGUCUUGCUGGACCACUUCCUCUCGGUUUGUCCACCACUCUCACCGUUGACCUCCUCGAGAAGGCCCUCCUAGCAGCAGAAAAGAGCAUAGUCGCUGUAGGAGCCUCUCGUGGUGACCCUCGCACCCCCAUCUUUGAGGGGUGUUCCCCCUCCCCUCUUUUGCCCUCUGUUGCCUCUGCUGCUGCGGCCGACCUCGCUGGUUUGGAGUCGGUUGGGGCAGCGUCUACCCCUAGCGGGAGACGCCGCCCUGGCAGGGGCAAGGGGGGCAGGGGCGCUGGAGGAGCGAGCGGGGGCGGUGGAGGCGGCGGUGGAGGCGGUGGAGGAGGUGGGGGUGGCGGUGGGGGUGGUGGCGGGGGUGGAGGUGUAGGUGGCGGCAGUGGAGGCGCAGGCGGCAGCGGCGGUGGCGGAGGGAGCGGAGGUGGCGGUGGUGGAGGAGGAGGCGGCGGAGGAGGUGGAGCUGGUCGGGGUGGCGCUGCGCAGAGGGUCAGCUCCGGUGGUGGUCAGCGCCAGCAGCAGCAGCAGCAGCAGCAGCAGCAGCAGCAGCAGCAGCAGCAGCGCACUCGUGACGUCCCCUCCCCUCAGCAGCUCCCUGUCUAG